GUAUAAUCACAAAUUGUCCAAUGUCUCUCACUUCUACUCAAAGAUGGGGGAAGUGAAGAAGGAGCCAGUUUCUUCCAGGAUAGUUUAUGGACAAACACCGAAUGAAUGGACAAAGAAGGAAAGAGUGGAAUUGAUAAAUUUGGUCGAGUUCUUUAUGGCGUGGACGAAGACUACGUAUAGAUCUAUGUGUUCAAGCUGCAAUAGACAGCCAUCAAUGGACAUAUAUUCAUAGGCAAUAAUGUGUGGAUGGAUUGAGAGAUUGAACAUCUGUCGAGAAACAGUUGUCUACCGACUACCAUCCACAAGUCCAGCAACGGAUGUACAAUGUUUCUUUUGUCCUCUUGUAUAUAUCAUAUGAUCUUACAUUUGUCUCCUAUUGAGAAUGUAAUUUCAUAAAGGAUUUGUGAUGAUUAAAACGGCUUUGCCAAUGCCAAUUCUCUUAUCUUACAAUAGAUGUUUACGG